UCGAUAUUAAUUUUAUUUCAGAAUUUGGCAAAAAUGGGGGACAAAGUGAUUGCAUUAAUAGACAUGGACUGUUUUUAUGUACAGGUUGAGAGUAGAGAGAAUCCCGAAUUACAGGGUAAACCAGCAGCAGUAGUACAGUACAAGUCCUGGAAAGGGGGCGGUAUUAUCGCUGUAAACUAUGAAGCUAGAGCUAAAGGAGUUACCAGGCAAAUGAGAGGAGAUGAGGCUAGAGAGAAGUGCCCUGAUAUAGAGCUAGUCCGAGUACCUGAGGUUAGGGAGAAGGCUGACCUCACUAAAUAUAGGAACGCGGGCAGGGAGGUCAUUCAGGUUUUAGUAUCAUUCGGCUGUAUUGUGGAGAGAGCCAGUAUAGAUGAGGCAUACGUAGAUCUAACAAGCAUAGUGGAAUCCAGGUUCAGAAGAGGAGAGAAUGUUAAACCGGAAGAUCUUCAGAAUACUCAUAUCGGAGGAUCCACGGAGGACAGGGAGCAGUCUAUUUCUGACUGGAUCCAAGAGGCUGAAUCUCAGAGCAACGAGGCUGAUCUAAAACUAGCAAUCGGUGCUAGUCUAAUAGAAGAGAUGAGAGCUGAAGUGUUUGCUAAAACUAAAUUCAGAUGUUCAGCCGGGAUUGCGCACUGUAAAACUCUGGCAAAGCUGUGCUGUGGGCUGAAUAAACCCAACAAACAGACUGUUCUCCCGCACUCUUCUGUUCCUCUCCUCUACUCAACACUUAACAUCACCAAGGUACGUGGACUGGGUGGAAAACUGGGGUAUAUGGUGACCGAUGGUUUUCAGAUUCAAACUAUGGGUCAGCUUGCCCAGCUUUCACACAGAGACCUGUUGGCUAAGUUCGAUGAAAAAACUGCUUCCUGGCUUCAUCUGCUCGGUAGAGGGUUUGAUAAUGAACCUGUGAAAGAACGUGAACUUCCCAAAUCUAUCGGAUGUAGUAAAAACUUCCGAGGUCCUGAUGUCUUGGACACCAAGGAAAAGGUCCAGCUACGACUCCGGAAUUUGGUUGAAGAGCUGGCUGAGAGAUUAGAGGUGGACAAGGAAGAACAUUGUAGGAUUGCUAAAGGACUAACCGUAGGAUGUAAUUUGGAGAACCAGGGAUACAUUUCUAGGGCUGGCCAAAUCAGCUCUUAUAAUUUAGAGAGUCUUUACAGGACUGGACUAGCCUUGUUAAGUAAGCUGAACACAGCUGACAUAAACGGAAGUGCCUGGACUCCUAAACUUCAUAAUAUCAGCAUAUCCGCCAGUAAGUUUGAGGAUAUGCGAGCUAUUGGUACAAGAGCAAUCACUAGUUUCUUCAAAAAGCAACCAGAGUUGGAUCAAUCUAAGGAUAUAUUUGAAUCAUUCCUUGACGAGUCUUCAGACUUCUGUGAUCCUACUGAGGAAACUCAGGAUGAGCUUGGUCAUGAUUCCAUUCAUGGAUCAGACUUUCCAAUUGAAGUCUCUGUCUCUGAUCUUGAAGACAAUGAUUCUUUUCCAUGCGAUAAAUCUGAAAAAUCUGAAUCCAAUUUUCAGAUAUCAAAUCAUAAACAUCCAGCUGCUAGUUUAACCCCUUUGACCUCUAAAACCCCAGAAGCUUCUAAAUCUCUUAGUUCUGCCAACGGUCCUGAACCAGGCAAAUCAUUUUUCAGGUGGAAAAUGCAGCAAAUGAAGGAACAGAAGGAAAAGGAAGAACUGGCCAGAAAUCAGUAUAUAAAAAUGGAAAAUAAAUUGACCGCAUGUGAUGCUACUAUGAAUAAGACUACUCCAAUAGUUAAUGAUACUACUCUAAUAGUUACAGAGACUAUUCCUAUAGCUAAAGAUAGUAUUGUAAAUGCUACUCCUGCACCUGCGUAUGGUCCUGAACCGGGGAAAUCAUUUUUUAAAUGGAAAAUGCAACAAAUGAAAGAACAAGAGGAAAGAGAAGAACUAGCAAGAAGGCUGAAAGAAGAGGAAGAAAGGUUGGAGAGAGGGGAACCUGAAAAGUCGAUUAGCGAAGAAAUGCCGGAUGAAAGAAAUUCAAAAAAAGUACCUGGAGUAGCGCCUGGAAGAGUACUUAGAGAUCCAGGAAUAGACUUGGCAGAGCUAAUUCCAAGCCUGGAGAACUUAGACCCAGAUAUUAUACAAAUAUUACCAUUCAAUUUAAGGAAGAAAGCAAAACUGCGCAUCGAAUAUUUAAAACAAUUGGAAGAAGAAAAAACCGCCGGCGGAACUGAACACAGGCGGACACCGGAGGAAACUACGAAACCAUCAAUUCAAAAGUUUCUGGUUGAAAACCAGGAAUCUAGUUGUGAUAGUGCUGACUUAGUUACCUGUGAGAAAUGCUUGAAAAUGAUUUCAGCGUUUGAACUCCCUGAACACAUAGAUUAUCAUUACGCCAAGGAAUUACAGCGUGAGAAUUCAUUUGUCAAAACUAUUGUUAUUGACAAAUCGAACAAAAAUGGCGCGAAAAUUGACGGAAAAAAUGGAGGGAAACGAAAACGGUCUGUUCACAGUUCUGAGGCUGUGAAACGUCAGCACAAAGAUAUCAGUUCGUUCUUUAAAAAAUCCUAGUUGAAAUUUUUCAUGUAAAUUUUUCCCUGUGAAACCUGAAAUGUGAUAUAAUUGAAAUUGUAAAUUAGAAGUUAAAAUUCUAACUGAAUCCUAUUGAACAAAAAACAUCUUAUUUAUUUUUCAGA